UCCGGGUCCCUCUUCGUAGACCGGAAGUCGCCUGCUCGUCGACUCGUCCCGAGAAAAGAAAGAAACAAAGAUGGCGAACCUGGACGUGGAGGAUUUCAUCCAGCAGAACAGAGCGCUGGCGGAGCAGGUCGACACGUUUCGAGGCUACUGGGAGAGCGAGAAGCACUGGACGGCGAGGAGGGACUUCAUCCUGCGGAACAUCGGCGACUUCGAGGACCCGCACCUGGACCAGCUGGUCUCGCUGUCCAUGGUCUGGGCCAACAACGUCUUCAUGGGCUGCCGGUACAACACGGAGCUGCUGGAGAAAGUGAAGGAGAUGGGCGAAGGCGUCGUGGUGGAGGACGCGCCGGUCUUCAAGAUGAGAGACGAGAUCAUGAAGAAGCAGCAGAGUUGAUGACUAAGUCCGUCAUGUCGGAUGAAGCGGAGCUCGGACCACAUGGUUCUACGUGGUCUCACGUGUUCUCUCCUGGUUCUACGUGUUCUCUCCUGGUUCUACGUGUUCUCUCAUGGUUCUACGUGGUCUCACGUGUUCUCUCAUGGUUCUACGUGUUCUCUCAUGGUUCUACGUGGUCUCACACGUUUCUAAAUCCCAGAUGUGUAAACAUCUCAAAUCUUUUAGCCAAGGACUGUGUUGCGCAGCUCUUUACUUGUACAUGUAUGAGUGUCAUUUUUUACUUUCUUGUUUUACUUCUUUAAGCGUACCCGUUGUUUUAGGUUUGUUUUUAUAAUUAAUUCCAAUGAAAGAUGACAUCCUGAAGUAAAAUAAAAGACUUUCUUUAUCUUGGCA